AUGGGGACUGGACUCCAUUUGAUUUGGACACUGAAGCUCCUUAUGAGCAUGUUUGAUGUCAAUCAUGACGACUCUGUGGACGUCAAUGUCGAUGAUGAAGACACUGAGUCUAAGGAAACAUCAGAACAGAGUGAAGAGGACAAAAAUGAUCAUGAGGAAGUCAAGGAUCUCAAGGCAUGCUGGAGGUACUUGCGAUCACUUCUCGUUUCAGGUUAUACUAUUCUUGUGCUGGACACCAACAUCAUUUUAUCUUCCUUAUUGGCUGUCACAUCCAUCAUCAAAAUUCUGGUUAUCAUGGAGCUUGAUGGCCUAUCCUUGAAUCCAUCUCAGCUUGGUGAAGCUGCUCAAGAGGCCAUUGCCUACAUAACCUCACACAUCCACUCACACCUGGAUGUUGAUCUCAUCAAUGAAGACUCAUGGGAUCACUGCAUAGACGAUUUGAUUCUCAAAGCCACAAUCUGGCAAGAUCAGUAUGGGGUGGACCGCUCUGCACUAUUAAAGAAUAUGCCACCUGUGCGAGACAAUGCCAAUGCUGUCAAGGUGGUGUUACUGUCUCUAGAUUGUCUCUUCUGUUUGAAAGCCUGUUCACACCAACUUGCAGCAGCUGGCAAGAAAGAUCUUGCUGCUAUACUCACAUCUGGAAUGUAA